AUGAAACUAUUCCAAUUAUUCAUACCUGUUCUCCUCUUUCCGUUUGCUACCGCAUCCUGCGUCACCGAAAUCAAUGAAGCAUGUCAAGAACAACUGGAAACAAAAAAUGAGGUAGCGAAAGGAAUUGUGAAUUCCCGGUACCCACCACUAAAGAAUGCAUGGAAGAAUUAUACGGAGACAUAUCAGAAGUACUUGGACUGUGCCUCCGAACAAGAUUGCUACAAGGGUAAAUUGAAUGAGUCGAUUUUUGAAACCACUCGUGAUUACAUCGGUACAAAAACCUAUCCGUUUGAUCACAGCUGCUUGAGACUUGUGUUGGAGAAAGUUUACGAUGGUGGUUACGAAUGUACACACCAGUUUGGUGAUGAAUUGAGAAACCUCACCGCUGCCCAUACAAUUUUCAAAAAUGGCAAGCCUUGUUUCUUGAAAAUGGCUCAAGACACAUGCAAACCGGAACACUUCCAAUUUUUCCAACAAAACUAUGACGAUCUGAUGGAACUGUACACCGACCAACCGGCGAACAAUGUCUGUACCAACCCAAGCGACAAGUUUUAUAAAAUGCAAUGUGAAAGUUUGGCGGCUGGAGUUAAAGCGAAAGCAGCGGAGAUACCGUUUUUGAAUGCGACGUCUUCUGAUGUAAAGGAAAUUGUGAGCUUGUGUAGGGAGUGUCAGACAUGCACACAAGACAGCUGCUUGUUCGACCAAGACCCCGGAAGGAGAGCUGGAGUCAAACGAAUGUGUGAUGAUUUCGAGACACUUCCUGCUAACCUCACAUUAAUAUUGGAUCGCCGUCCUAAAUUAUUGGAGUACAAGUGUUUGACUAAUAUGACUUAUUUGGAUUUUUUGGAAAAGCAAAUGUUGUGUAUUAUGGGACAAAAAGAUAAUUGUGCCUUGUUUGUUGUUUCGAAGAUGUGUCAGCAAGAGGUGAUGGCGGAUUUUGAAUAUUUGUAA